CGUUCUUUCUGGCCAACUUGGCUGAAGUGUCAGCAGCGCCGCACCGACAGACUUCUGGAAAGUUUCUGCGUGGUGUCGCCCCCCUCCGCUGCUGUUAUGGCCCCCAGCGCGCAGUUGAAGGAGGCGAUAGCUGAUGUACAGGACGGCAUCCGAGCCAUCCUCCUCGGACCUCCCGGAGCCGGGAAAGGGACUCAGGCUCCCCGGUUAGCGGAGAAGUACUGCGUCUGCCACCUGGCCACAGGAGACAUGCUGAGGGCCAUGGUGGCUUCAGGCUCUGAGCUCGGCAGGAGGCUGAAGGAGACCAUGGACUCCGGCAAGCUGGUCAGCGAUGAGAUGGUGGUGGAGCUCAUAGAGAAGAACCUGGACACGACCGCCUGCAGGAACGGCUUCCUGCUGGACGGCUUUCCCCGAACAGUCAAACAAGCAGAAAUGCUGGACGACUUGUUGGAGAAAAGGGACGAGAAGCUGGACUCUGUGAUCGAGUUCUCCGUGGACGACUCCCUGCUGGUUCGGCGGAUCUGCGGCAGGCUGAUCCACCAGCCCAGCGGCCGCUCCUACCACGAGGAGUUCAACCCCCCCAAACAGCACAUGAAGGAUGACGUGACGGGCGAGCCGCUGAUCCGCCGCAGCGACGACAACGAGACGACGCUGCGCUCCCGCCUGGACGCCUACCACAGGCAGACGUCCCCCCUGGUGCAGUACUACAGCGCCCGGGGUCUGCACGCGGCGGUGGACGCCUCCCAGAGCCCCGGCGUGGUGUUCGCCUCCAUCGUGGCCGCCUUCUCCGCAGCCACGGCCGCCCCGGCCCGCGCCACCGCCUCUGGUUGAAGUCUGAGCUGCUCCGGCCCACUGAGGUGAUCAAACGGAGGAUAGACUGAACUCACUGUGCUGUUAGGCUCCGUCUUAAAGUACAUUUUUAUCCCCUGUAGAUUAUGAAUGAACCAGCUAAUCUCCAAUAAACCUCCUGCUUUUCUACAAUCAUCACA